AUGGCGACGAAUUCGAUCAAGUUGCUUACGGGCAAUAGCCAUCCGCAGUUGGCGAAGCAGGUUGCUGCGAGGUUGGGCAUUGAUCUCGCGAAGACGAUGAGUCUGAAUUAUUCGAAUAAAGAGACUAGCGUUACGGUCGGAGAGAGUGUCAGGGAUGAAGAUGUAUUCAUCCUCCAAUCCACGGCCCCGGGCGACAUAAACGACGGGCUCAUGGAACUCCUAAUCAUGAUAAACGCCUGCAAAACCGCCUCGGCACGCCGCAUCACAGCCGUACUCCCGAACUUCCCCUACGCGCGCCAGGACAAGAAAGACAAAUCGCGUGCUCCGAUUUCCGCGAAGCUGAUUGCCAAUAUGCUGCAGAUCGCGGGGACGAACCAUGUUAUCACGAUGGAUCUGCAUGCGAGUCAGAUCCAGGGCUUCUUUAAUGUGCCGGUAGAUAAUCUGUAUGCGGAACCUAGUACGCUGAGAUGGAUUAGGGAGAAUCUGAAUGUGGCGGACUGUGUGAUUGUUAGUCCGGAUGCUGGGGGUGCGAAACGCGCAACAUCAAUAGCAGACCGCCUGGACCUCCCUUUCGCGCUCAUCCACAAAGAGCGCGCGCGCCCCAACGAAGUAUCGCGCAUGGUGCUCGUCGGCUCCGUAUCCUCGCGGGUCGCGAUCCUCGUAGACGACAUGGCCGACACAUGCGGCACUUUGGUCAAAGCUGCCGAGACGUUGCUGUCGCACGGCGCGAAGGAAGUGGUUGCCAUUGUCACGCACGGGAUUUUGAGCGGGAAUGCGAUCGAGACGCUGAAUAAGAGUGGACUGAGCAGGGUUGUGGUUACGAAUACGGUGCCACUGGGCGAGAAAGCGGAGAGUUGUAAGUUGUUAAGGGUUAUGGAUAUUAGUGCGACGUUGGCGGAGGCGAUUAGGAGGACGCAUAAUGGGGAGAGUGUGAGUUUCCUUUUUACGAAUGCGCCUUAG